AUGUCCCAGCGAUCUCUUAAAUCCCCCGAUUUCUCCCGCCACGGCUUCCAGCCCCUCGCAAACACGAACGAAAGCAUGAGCUACGAAGCCAACAUCCCGCUGACGACAGUCCGCUCUGCUGCCUCUUCGACAACAGGAGCACGGAAACAAGGCGAGGGAACAGACAUGUCGACCACGAGUCAGGGUACCUUCGCUACAGAAAACGAAAAGAAGAGCUUCUUCAAGAGUCGUCCAGGUCCUGCAGGCAGGAGGAAGACCGAUCGUGAUGACCCCAAUAAAUACACUCCUGAUGGAGAAGAGGUGUCUGUUAAUGCCAUUGGACGAUUCUACGACAAAAUUAUCAAGUUCUCUAUUGUUACGCGGUACUUGGUUUAUGUUGCCCCUAUAGCAUUAUUGAUUGCGGCACCGAUUAUCAUCUACUCGACUGGUGGCAGGCACAACGACUACUUUCUGAACACGGGUGUCAAGGUCAAUUGGUUCUGGCUGUGGAUCGAGAUUGUCUGGUUAUCGAUAUGGGUUUCAAAGCUGGCCUCCAAGGCCAUCCCCUGGAUCUUCAUGUUUCUUUGUGGUGUAGUCAGCUCAGGCACGAGGAAAUAUGCUCUUAUACUCAAAGCGGUGGAAAUCCCUCUCAGUCUGGUAGGCUGGGCUGUUACCUGUUUGCUCACAUUCAAGGGCUUGACAUCACAUUCAUUGAAUGAGGGCAACAAGCGGCCAGCCGGAAAAAACGAUCCAGGUUGGAUCGAGGUAAUGAUCAAGCUUCUUGGGCCAGCUGUUAUUGCGAGUCUGAUGUUUCUGGCCGAAAAAUCCAUAAUCCAACUCAUCAGUGUCAACUACCACCGCCGCUCUUUUGAUGGGCGUAUCAAAGAGUCUAAACAUAGCAUUUACCUUUUGGGGCUUUUAUACGAUGCUUCUCGGACUCUUUUCCCCAUGUAUUGUCGCGAGUUCAUGGAGGAGGACUACAUCAUUAAUGAUGGGAUUGAGGCCAUGAUUGCCCAGACUACGGGGAAGAAAGUGCACCAUCGAUCAGGCUCAGCAACCCCUCUCAAACUUAUUGGAGAUAUUGGACGAGUUGGAGACAAGGUCACUUCGAUUUUUGGAAACAUUGCUUCCGAGAUAACUGGCAAGCAAGUAUUCAACCCCAACUCUGCACACUCCGUUGUCGUUGAAGCUCUGGAGAAGACUAGAUCUUCCGAGGCACUGGCUAAGCGGUUGUGGAUGUCAUUUGUCGUUGAAGGAAAGGACGCUCUGUUUGUUGAAGAUGUGGAAGAAGUCCUUGGACCAAAUCGAAAAGAGGAGGCUGAAGAAGUCUUUGCUUCUUUGGAUAAUGACGGAAAUGGCGAUAUCAGCUUGGAUGAGAUGAUAAUGAAAGUCGUCGAGAUUGGCCAUGAUAGGAAGUCCAUUGCUGCUAGCAUGCGAGAUGUUGGUCAAGCUAUUGGGGUCCUAGAUCAAAUCAUCAUGCUAAUAUUGUUUAUUAUUAUCAUCUUCAUCUUUGUUGCAUUUCAAAACACCAACUUCGUUACCAUGCUUGCAACAGCCGGUACAACCCUUCUCUCCCUCUCUUUCGUCUUCGCCGCAACUACCCAAGAAUUCCUCGGAAGCUGUAUUUUCCUCUUCGUCAAGCAUCCCUACGACGUCGGCGACAGAAUCGACAUGGUCGGCUCUUCGGCUGAACACCUAGUUGUCGAGCAAAUUUCCCUCCUCUUCACCAUCUUCAAACGCAUCGACAACAUGAAAAUGGUCCAAGUCCCCAACAUAGUCCUUAACAACCUCUGGAUUGAAAAUGUCACCCGCUCAAAAGCAAUGAAAGAGCAAUUGGACAUGUUCAUCUCCUUUGAUACCUCCCUCGAAGAUAUUGAACUCCUCCGCCAAGAAAUGGAAUCUUUCGUCCGCCACCCUGACAACUCGCGUGACUUCCAGCCUGAAAUAACCCUCGAGGCUACAGGAAUCGGCAACAUGGACAAACUGCAACUCAAAGUCGAAAUUCGUCACAAAUCAAACUGGUCCAACGAAACCGUCCGGGCAGCUCGUCGCUCGAAAUUCAUGUGCGCACUGGUGCUCGCUCUACGAAAGAUACCAAUUUACGCCCCAGGCGGCGGCGGCGAGGCUCUAGGCGGCCCCACGAACCCUGGCUACAGCGUCGCCAUCUCAGAUACAUGGGCCACCGAAGCCCGCGACAAAGCAAAAGAAGCAAAAGAAGGGAAACGACUCGUGCCAUCCGCGCCUAAAACCGAAGACGCAGCGGAGAGCGAGAACAACGCAGCACAGACAUUAAAUGCACGAAAUCCAGCUAGCGACGCAGCCUGGACUAGCGGUAUAGAUGAUCGCACAUUAGGUGGGAGUAGAAGCGAGUCCCCCUCGGCUGCACGGCGAAGCGCUGAAAUCGAAGGCGUGCGGCAAGGGCUCUUGAAGCGCCAAUCUACGCGCGGCCGCAGACAACCCGGUGUUUCUAUUCCUCCUCUUCCCAACGACACGCAGCCCGGCAUGACUUUCACGGCCGCUAGUCCUACGAAGCAAGGUUUCAGGGCCAGUAUGGAGCAUGUGCUUGAUGAGGAGGCAGAGCUGGGUAUUCAUCCCACACAUAGCACGAAUGCUCCGUAUUCUGGGUCUGGAGCGGGGUAUAAUGUUGCGCUACAGCCGGGGCAGUAUAAUGUUUAUCCUCCAACAUCGAAUGCGAAUGCGAACGCGCAAGGAUAUCAACAACAGAGCCCGUAUCAGCAGCAGGGUCAACAUGCGCUGAACAGUACGUCAUCGAGUAGGGUGCCAGUGCAGGGACAGCAGCAGGGGAGGAGUAGAGGGGCGAGUGUUAGUCAAAAUGGUGGGGCUGGUGGACGACCACUUACUUGA